AAUGCCCUCAGCUCCGUCUCUCUUAGUCGGUCUCUGGGCUCACGGAAAAGGGGCGGAGAGGAGAGAGAAGAGAAAGGGGCGGAGGUCACCCUCUUCCUCCAUCCCGCCCAGGCUGCGAGCGCCGCUAGGUGCUGAGGAUCCCAGGAAACGAGCACCACCGGCAGGUUCCGCGCAGGGGGAGCGGACGGCGGGGCCAGCAGGGAGACUUAGCCCGAGCCCGAGCCCGAGCCCGAGCCGGGAGCGAGCGGGAGCGCAGUGCUGCGCCCGGGAACCCGUGGCGAAGGGCGGCGGGCGCGCGAUGGCGCACGGAGCGGCGCGCUCUUCUGCUCCGCCGUGAGCCCUGCCGGCGACCGGGAUGCAAGGAUUUCUGCACAGGUGGUAGCUGGACCAGAAAGCCUUCCUAGAGACUCACCGUUCUGCCUUCCUUGGCUCGCUGAUGCAUGUGAUGCCGGGACUACAAGCCUGCACUCUUCUCAGAGGGAGAUGACUUGAGCAGCCCGCGUUCAUCUCCACAACAAUGUCCAUGAACAAUUCCAAACAGCCAGUGUCUCCUGCAGCUGGGCUCCUUUCAAAUACAACUUGCCAGACGGAAAACCGGCUUUCUGUCUUUUUUUCCAUAAUCUUCAUGACGGUGGGGAUCUUAUCCAACAGCCUUGCCAUCGCUAUCCUCAUGAAGGCCUAUCAGAGGUUUAGACAGAAGUCCAAGGCUUCGUUUCUGCUCUUGGCUAGUGGCCUGGUGAUCACAGACUUCUUCGGCCACCUCGUCAACGGAACGAUAGCAGUGUUUGUUUAUGCUUCUGAUAAAGACUGGAUCCGCUUUGACCAAUCAAACACCCUGUGCAGCAUUUUCGGUAUCUCCAUGGUGUUCUCUGGCCUGUGCCCGCUUUUCCUGGGCAGCGUGAUGGCCAUUGAGCGAUGUAUCGGAGUCACCAAGCCAAUAUUUCAUUCCACAAAAAUCACAUCCAAGCACGUGAAAGUGAUGCUGAGCGGGGUGUGCUUGUUUGCCGUGUUCAUAGCGUUGCUGCCCAUCCUUGGGCAUCGAGACUAUCAAAUUCAAGCAUCGAGGACCUGGUGUUUCUACAAAACAGAACAUAUCCAAGACUGGGAAGAUAGAUUUUACCUUCUCCUUUUUUCUUUUCUGGGGCUCUUAGCCCUUGGGGUUUCAUUCUUGUGCAACGCCAUCACAGGGGUUACACUUUUAAGAGUGAAAUUUAAAAGUCAGCAGCACAGACAAGGCAGGUCUCAUCAUUUCGAAAUGAUCAUCCAGCUGCUGGCCAUCAUGUGCGUCUCCUGCAUCUGCUGGAGCCCGUUUCUGAGGAUUAAUGCUCAGAAAACCCCAAUUGAAAGGACGCUGUGGUACCCCACCCAGAUACCCUUUUGGCUGACGAUGGCCAACAUUGGAAUAAAUGGAAAUCAUUCGAAGGAGACCUGUGAAACAACACUUUUUGCUCUUCGAAUGGCAACAUGGAAUCAAAUUUUAGAUCCGUGGGUGUAUAUUCUUCUGCGGAAGGCAGUCCUGAAGAAUCUCUACAAGCUUGCCCGACGCUGCUGUGGCGUGCAUGUCAUCAGCUUACAUAUGUGGGAGCUUAGCUCCAUUAAAAAUUCCUUAAAGGUUGCUGCGAUUUCUGAGUCACCGGUUGCAGAAAAAGUAAAUCAGCAAUCACCUAGUUUAAUAGGACAGCAAGUCAGUGUAGGUAUGGGACAAAAUUAAGAAACGUUUUGGCAAUAUUUUAAUUAAUUGGGUAACUUUUUAAAGCCUGACUGGAAUAUUCCGGCCUCAGCAAGUAGUUUGGGGGGCACUUUGGUCAGAUUCAGCUUUUGAAAUUUGUAAAAUUAACUGUUUAAUUGCACAUUUUCACUUUGUGUUGUCAACUGCAGAUAAACACAAUGAAAUAAUGCCAUGGAAGUCAAAUUGAAAACAAUUUUGGGCUUACCUGGGUUAUUUCCUGCUUUUGGAAUGAGUGACUGUUGAGUCCUAAAGCAUUCACUUGGCCUGUUUGCCUAAGAGCAUCUUAAAACUACCUGCACCAUGAAAUGGCUAUUUGGGGUCCCUGCUCCGUAGCUGUUCCUUAUAGACUAGGCUUCAUGAAAUGAAGCGCUCUUGAUUUUUGAUCUGGCCUCAUCCUGUAACCUCAGCCAAUAUAUGUAUGGUCAUGUCACAUGGGAAUCACCGUGGCUUAUUAUAAUGACCUCUGUAUACACCAGGUGUGGCUGUCAGGUUGCCUGGUCUGUUUAGAAUGUGUCUCUCUUUGUCAUAUUUGACAAAUGUGACUGCUUGCAUUGGGUUAUUAUGAAGGCGAGUGGUUUUCUUGGUAAGUUGUAGAUUUGCCUAGUUUUCAAAUAAUCACCCUUUCCUCUGAAAAUAUUCCAGUGCAAAUAAAUAAUUUUUAGAGAAACAAAGGCUCUGUCUUAGCACAUAUGGAGGGAUUUGCACUAUCGCAGUUCCUGAGAAGCUCUGCCAUGGAUCAUGCAAACGGAACUUCAACCCAGUGGUAGGUGCAAAGAAGCUUAGCAAAGGCACUCUAUUCUGAGCUGUCAUUUCUGUGUCAGAGAACAAGAGAAGCACAAUCUAUAUAUAAAUAUACAAAGACAAUCUACAGGUAGUGUGUUUUUGCUUUCCACCUCUCUCUCUCUCUCUCUCUCUCUCUCUCUCUCUCUCUCUCUCUCACCAAAGGACAUCAAAAAUUUCUGUUGAAAGCAGCUUCAUUAAAUAUGUAAGACAGAAUCUUCUAAAGCUGGAGCUACCAGUGUUAAAGGGAGGAUUGGCAAUCAGCCAGGCAUUUGGAGCUCAUUACAAUGGUUAACCAAGAGAUCGAGGGGUAAUAAUCUUUCCCCAAAUUUCUUUUUUUU